AUGGCUAUGGUUUCUAACGGCUCCGAGUACGACUUCAUCAUCGUAGGCGGUGGUACUGCUGGCAAUGCCGUCGCCGGUCGCCUCGCUGAAAACCCCAACGUUCGCAUCCUGGUUGUGGAGGCGGGUAUCCCCAACCCCGACCAGAUCGAUGAGAUCACUACCCCCUCCAAGGCUUUCAACCUUCGUGGAAGCAAGUACGAUUGGGCCUACAAGACCACCAUGAUCAAGCGUGACGACUACGAGCGAAUUGAGAAGCCCAACACCCGUGGCAAAGCUCUCGGUGGCAGCUCCUGUGCCAACUACUUCACCUGGAUUCCCGGCUCCAAGCCCACCUUUGAUGACUGGGAAGACUUUGGCGGACGUGACUGGACUUGGGACAAUUGUGUGGACUACCUCCGCAAAUGUGCUACCUAUCACGAUGAUGAGAAGCUCUACCCCACUGAGCUGAGUAAGAUCGGAACCGGCGGUCCUUUGCAAAUCUCUCAUGCCGAGCUGGUCCCCGAGAUGCAGCCAUUCCGUGAUGCCCUUACCCAGGCUUGGGUCUCCAAGGGUGAAGUUCUCACUGAGGAUAUCUACUCUGGUGAGAUGCGAGGCUUGACCCACUGUGUCGAUACUAUCUACAAGGGUGAGCGCCAGGGCAGUUUCCUGUACCUGAAGAACAAGCCCAACGUGACCAUCCUGUACGGUGUUCAGUCCAAGAGCUUGAUCAUCGAUCCCGUUACCAAGGUCUGCUCUGGUGUUACCGUCAUCAGCGAGGCAUCCAACACUGAGAUCAGUGUUUAUGCCAGCCGCGAGGUCAUCGUGUCUCAGGGUGUGUUUGAGACCCCCAAGCUCCUCAUGCUCAGCGGUGUCGGUCCCGCUGAUGAGCUCGCCAAACACGGAAUCGCCCCCGUCGUCGACUCUCCCCACGUUGGCCAGCAUCUUCUGGACCAUCCUAUCGUGCCGUUCGUCCUUCAGAUCAAGGAUGGCUUCGGUCUCGAUGACCACCUGCUCCGCGCUGGUCCUUUGAACGAUUCUGCCGUUGCUGCCUACAAGCGCGACAAGUCUGGUCCCGUUGGCUCUGGUCUGCUGGAGCUGGUCGGAUUCCCCCGUAUCGAUGAGCGCCUGGAGAAGUAUCCUGCCUAUCGCGAGGCCAAGGCUGCCAACGGCGGUCUGGAUCCCUUCGGACCCGCUGGCCAGCCUCACUUCGAGCUGGACUUUGUUGGUAUCUUCAGCACUGCCUUCCAGUGGCACUACCCCCUUCCCGAGAAGGGCAACUACAUGACCGUCAUUGUUGAUCUGCUCCGCCCCCUGUCCGAGGGUGAGGUCACCCUGAACAGCGCGAACCCCCAGGUCCAGCCAAACAUCAACCUCAACUUCUUCGCCAAUGACCUGGAUAUUCUGGCUAUGCGCGAGGGUGUGCGCUGGACCUACGACGUUCUGACCAAGGGUGCCGGCUUCAAGGACAUCGUCCUUGGCGAGUACCCCUGGAAGAUGCCCCUGCACUCCGAUGAUGAGAUGAAGCGAGCUGUUCUGGACCGCAGCCAGACUGGAUUCCACCCUUGCGGUACCGCCCGUCUCUCGAAGAGCAUCCACCAGGGUGUCGUUGACUCGAAGCUCCGUGUCCACGGAAUCCGCAACCUGAGAAUCGCUGAUGCUUCCGUUAUCCCAGUCAUUCCUGACUGCCGUAUCCAGAACUCUGUCUACAUGAUUGGUGAAAAGGGUGCGGAUAUCAUCAAGGCUGCGCACAAGGAUCUCUACGAGGCCCAGGGCGUUCCCUACUUUGUCUCUAGCAGAUUGUAG